AUGCAAGCUGCCGCAGGAACAAGUGACACCGACAGCAAGUGGAAGUUUGCUCAGUGUUUCGGCGAUAAGGGAGAAUCCGAUAAUAUCACAGAAGCCGAUAUCAUUUCCGCGGUUGAAUUUGAUCACACUGGCAACUAUCUUGCGACCGGCGACAAGGGUGGUCGAGUCGUUCUUUUUGAGAGAAACGAAAGCAAAAAAGGAUGCGAAUAUCGAUUUCAUACCGAGUUUCAAUCGCAUGAACCCGAGUUUGACUAUUUGAAGAGCUUGGAGAUCGAGGAAAAGAUCAACAAAAUCAAAUGGUGCAAGCGUACGAAUGCUGCUCACUUUUUACUCUCAACCAACGACAAGACAAUCAAAUUGUGGAAGGUCUUUGAAAGAAAUCUAAAGAUCGUUCACGAGACCAACCUCGGUGAGAACUAUGGACCUCUAAGUGCACCUGUCGCCAAGCCUUUCAAGCCCACCAAGCAAUUGACAUUACCCAAGCUUGUGGUCCACGAUACCAUUAUUGCCGCUGUACCUCGAAGGAUCUAUGCAAAUGCACACGCAUACCACAUCAACUCGAUCUCUGUCAACUCGGAUGGUGAAACUUACAUUUCAGCGGAUGAUCUUAGGAUCAAUCUAUGGAAUCUUGAUAUAUCGGACCAAAGCUUCAACAUUGUCGAUAUCAAGCCUGCCAAUAUGGAGGAGCUGACCGAAGUGAUCACGGCUGCCGAAUUCCAUCCAUUGCAAUGUAAUCUUUUCAUGUACAGCAGCAGCAAGGGGACAAUCAAGAUGGCCGAUAUGCGUGAAAGUGCAUUGUGCGACCAACGUGCCAAAGUGUUUGAGGCACCAGAAGACCCCAACAGCCGGUCAUUCUUUUCAGAAAUCAUCUCUUCUAUAUCCGAUGUCAAGUUUAGCCGGGAUGGUCGUUAUAUUCUUUCACGCGAUUACCUCACACUAAAGUUAUGGGAUAUCAACAUGGAAAACAAGCCUGUCACCACUAUCAAUAUCCAUGAUCAUUUACGAAACAAGCUCUGCGACUUGUAUGAGAAUGACUGCAUAUUCGACAAAUUUGAAUGCACAUUCAGUGGAGAUGGAUCGCACAUGAUGACUGGUUCCUAUAGCAACAAUCUGCACAUUUACAAUCGUGACACACUUGCCGAAGUCAACUUGCAGGCCGACAAGAGCGCAUUCAAAGCCAAGCGUCUGGGAUCGGCCAAGAACAAACUAGCACUGGGAGGAGGAAAUAGGAAUGGCAUGACCAGGGGUGGUCGUAGGGAUGAUACCGAUGCUGUGGACUUUAACAAGAAAAUCCUUCAUGCUUCCUGGCAUCCAAAUGAGAACUCUAUUGCGGUGGCCGCCACCAACAAUCUAUUCAUCUUUACGUAA